AAUACAAUAUUUUCUGUUCAGGAAAGAACAAUACAGAAGAACUUAAACAAACAUUAUUUAUAGAAAAAAAAUAAAGUGAAAGUGAUUUUUGUAAAUAAAAUUUUGAAAUACUUAAUGCAUUAAUUUAAAAUUAUAAAGAAAAAAUAAUUUUAUAAUUUAAAUAUAAAUAAAAUGAAUAGCUCUUUAAGAAUAGCCAUUAUCGGCCAGAGCAAUUUCGCCGCCGAAGUUUUGACUUUACUUCUGGAGAAACGUUAUAAUGUGGUGGGUAUCUUCACUAUAGCGAAUAAGGGUAACCGUGAAGAUAUUUUAGCCACCACCGCUAGCCAGCAUAAUAUACCGGUAUUUAAAUUUUCAACAUGGCGUCGCAAAGGUGUAGCCAUACCAGAAGUAUUAGAACAAUAUCGUUCCGUGCAAGCAAAUCUUAAUGUUUUGCCCUACUGUUCUCAAUUCAUACCUAUGGAGGUAAUAGACGGUGCUGAAUUGGGUAGUAUUUGUUAUCAUCCCUCGAUAUUGCCUAGACACAGAGGAGCUAGUGCUAUUUCUUGGACUCUAAUAGAGGGUGAUGAAGUGGCUGGUUUUAGCAUAUUUUGGGCUGAUGAUGGUUUGGAUACUGGUCCCAUUCUAUUGCAAAAACAAUGCAAUGUAGAGCCCACCGAUACCUUGGAUACGUUAUACAAACGUUUCUUAUAUCCUCAGGGUAUUAAGUCCAUGGCUGAGGCUGUAGAUUUAGUGGCCCAGGGUAAGGCUCCUAAAAUUACUCAAACCGAGGUGGGUGCUACCUAUGAUCCGGCCAUGUUUAAGGCAGAAAAUCAAUAUAUUAAUUUGAAUCAAUCGGCCGAAAGAAUUUGGAAUUUCAUUAGAGCUUUGGACUCAGUUCCUGGGGCUUUAGCUACCGUUAUUAAUGAUGAUAAUACAGAGGAAAAUAUUAGAUUAUUUGGUGCCCAUAUCUAUGAAGAUAUUACCGUUAAAUCGGAUCAGUUUAUAAGACUUAAAGGUUUAAACACGCCCGCCUAUAUACAUGAACGUGGUCUGUUAAUCCAGGGCACUGACAAUAAAUAUGUUAAUGUGCGUCGCUUGAAGAAGGGCUCGAAAAUGAUUAAUGCCUGUGAUUGGUUUAAACAGUCUCAAGCCCCUCAAAUUACCAACUUUACUGAGGAUGAGUUAACCAAGAAAGAGAUUUUAGCGAAUAUUUGGUUGUCCAUUUUGAAAUGCCCCAUAGAGGCCGAUACUGACUUCUUUGCUGCCGGUGCUGGUUCCAUGGAUGUUGUCCGAUUGGUAGAGGAAUGUAAGGAUGCUUUUGAUGUGCCCUUGGAAAAUGAACAGGUGUUCAUGGCUCCCGUUUUUGAGGAAUUCUACUGUGAAAUUGUUAAGGCCUUGAGACAAGGCUCCUCUGGAGACAAUUCAAAGGUUCACUAUGAUGGUUUCGUUUUAAAGGCCAAUAAAAAGGAAAUACCCAUUCCCACCCAACUGUUUAUCAAUGGCCAGUUUGUGGAUGCUGAGAAUCGUAAAACUUUGGACAUUAUUAAUCCUGCCAAUGAGGAAUUGAUCUGUCAAGUGGCCUGUGCCUCUAGUAAUGAUGUGGAUAAGGCUGUUCAAGCUGCUCAUCAAGCAUUUUAUGGUGCUUGGCGUCAAGUAUCGGCCAGACAAAGAGGUCAACUUAUGCUUAAAUUGGCUGAUUUAAUGGAAGAACAGAAAGAGGAAUUGGCCACCAUAGAAUCGGUGGAUUCGGGUGCUGUUUAUACAUUGGCUUUAAAGACCCAUAUUGGUAUGUCUAUAGAUGCUUGGCGUUACUUUGCCGGUUGGUGUGAUAAGAUACAAGGUUCCACUAUACCCGUUAAUCCCGCCAGACCUAAUAAUGUCUUGACUUUUACCAAAAAGGAACCCAUAGGUGUUGUGGGUUUGGUUACUCCCUGGAAUUAUCCUUUGAUGAUGUUGUCCUGGAAAAUGGCUGCCUGUGUAGCUGCCGGCAAUACCUGCUUAAUUAAACCGGCCCAGACAUGCCCUUUAACCGCCCUUAAGUUUGCAGAACUUACUGUUAAGGCCGGUUUCCCACCCGGUGUUAUCAAUGUGGUCCUGGGUACUGGAUCGGGUGCUGGCCAGGCCAUUGCUGAUCAUGCUUUAGUUAGAAAAUUGGGUUUCACCGGUUCUACUGGUAUUGGCAAGGUGGUAAUGCGUUCUUGUGCGGAUUCAAAUUUGAAAAAAUGUUCCAUGGAACUGGGUGGCAAGAGUCCUUUGGUGAUAUUUGCUGAUUGUGAUUUUGAAAAGGCUGUUAAACAUGGUAUGUCCUCGGUCUUCUUUAAUAAAGGUGAAAAUUGCAUAGCUGCCGGUCGCAUCUUCGUGGAAGACACCAUUCAUGACGAAUUUGUGAGAAGAGUAGUUAAGGAUAUACAAUCCAUGACCAUAGGCGAUCCUCUUAAUCGCUCUACUGCCCAUGGUCCACAAAAUCAUCGUGCCCAUUUCGAGAAACUUAUAGAAUUCUGUCAACGUGGUGUUGAAGAGGGCGCCAAUUUAGUGUAUGGCGGCAAGCCGGUACCCAAUAUGAAGGGUUACUUCUUUGAACCCACCGUUUUCACCAAUGUCGAGGAUCAUAUGUAUAUAGCUCAAGAGGAAUCGUUUGGACCCAUUAUGAUUAUUAGCAAAUUCCAUGGUAGUGAUGUGGAAUCGGUUAUGCGUAGAGCCAAUCGCACUGAAUAUGGUCUGGCCAGUGGUGUCUUUACUAAGGAUAUUAGUAAGGCUCUGUCUUUCGCCGAGAAUAUUGAGGCGGGUACUGUGUUCGUUAAUGUUUACAAUAAGACUGAUGUGGCAGCACCAUUUGGUGGUUUCAAGCAAAGUGGUUUUGGCAAAGAUUUGGGCCAGGAAGCUCUAAAUGAAUAUCUUAAGACUAAAUGUGUAACAGUAGAAUUUUAGAUUAGAUUAAGUGUUUAGUAUUAAGUUAGUUUUAAGUAAAUAUUAAGCUUUAAAGUAAUAAACAGAAAAGUAAAUGUGUGUAAACUUUGACAAAUGUUUGAAAUUAAAAUAGUAAGUCCGAGGGAACUUUACUUUUCGGAAUAAAAUUGCA